GCCCGCAGGGACCCGCGGAACGGCCGCUCCCCGGCGGUGGGGGGAGAACGGAGAAUAACCCGGUGCCGGGGCGGGGGGAAAGUGUGUUACGCAGAGAGAGGAAGGGGGGAACAAGGCCUUUGUAAGAGCGAAAAAUGUUUGUGCGGAGGCGGGGGGUGAGGAAAAGAAAAAACACACCACAAAAUGGGGGGAAAAGGAAAAAAAAAAAGCAAGUGUUUCUGCCCGGUUUCGAACCGGGGACCUUUCGCGUGUGAGGCGAACGUGAUAACCACUACACUACAGAAACGCCGUGGGUAACGUUGCCCCUCCGCGAGGUCUACGGCUGCACAGGGGGCUCCGGUCGCGGGGGGCGGCGAUGGCUGGACCCCUCCCGGGGGCUCCGCGGGUGCGGAAAACUCCGGUGGGGAAAGAAAAAAAAGAGAUAUAAGCGGGGACGAUUCAAAAUUUAAUUGCCCGAGGCGGGGCUCGAACCCGCGAUCCUGAGAUUAAGCGGCCUAUAGUCUACUAUAGCCCGCCCCCUCAGGCCCCGCCCCUAAACUCCGCCUCGCCCCCCUUCCCCGAGACCUCCAACAGCAACGAGGUGUCGGGGUAGACAAGCCCCCAUGAGACCACAGAGACUACCGGGUCGCCGCGGCCUCUGUCACCGCCUCCCUCCGCGUCAACGAGGAGACGCCGUUCCCGUUAGAAGCGGGGGGUGGGGGGUAGAACGCAAGAUCGGGGGGGGGAGGAAUUCGACCCUGUCCGUUUCCGCCCAGCCGGUAACUUAGCAACCCGCCGCCGCCGCCUAGCGCGCCCGCUUCCGGUCAGGUGACGGUAAAGGGGCGGGGUUUACCGAGGGGAGGCCGGAAAGCGGAAGCGCCGCGGCGUUUCCCGUCUGUUGGCGGAGCUCGGCACCAUAGAGAGGAGCGGCGGCGGGGGCGGGAGAAGGGAUAGAGUGUCUCCUUUCCUCCCCUCACCCCACCUCCGGGCCCGGGCCGGUGACGGGGCAGCGGCCUAACGAGGGGCGGCAGCUCCGGGCCCGUUUGGGCUGAGGUUGGGGCCAGGCUCGGCGGAGGGGGAGCGGUGAGGCCUAGAGCCCGGCCCCGCUGUCCGGGGGGGGCUUGUUGUUUGGGCCUUAACCGGGGCCCGGUGAGGCCUUGGGGGUGUCGUGAGGGAGCACCAGGGGCUGGAGGAAGAGGAGAAUCGGCCCGUCCCACCCCCCCUUCCUCAUGGCAGCCACAGCGGUUUUAGGGGAUGGGGUCCCUUCGGGGGGCUCCGGCGGGCGGCUGAACCCGGUGGAGACGCUGCAGGAGGAGGCCAUUUGCGCCAUCUGCUUGGACUAUUUCGUGGACCCCGUUUCCAUCGGCUGCGGGCACAAUUUCUGCCGCGUCUGCAUCUCGCAGCUGUGGGGCGGCGAAGCCGAGUACGAGGUGGCCCCCGGGGCGGCGGCGGCAGCGGUGGUGGGCAACGGAGAGGUGGGGAUGGGCGACGUGCUGGAAGAGGAUCUGGAGGAUGAGGAGGAUGAGCUGGAUGAGGACGAGCUGGAUGUGGAGCAGGAGGAGGAGGAGGAGGAGGAGGAUGGCGGCGCGGAGGAGGAGGAGGAGGAGGAGGAGGAAGACGACAUGUGGAGCGAGGAAGAAGAUGACGGCAACCUGUGGGAAGACCCCGUGGAGGAGGACAUGUGGGACGGUGGGGUCGGGGGAGAGCUUUACUUUGGGGACGAGGACUAUGACGAGGACGUGAUGGAGGAAGACGUGGAGGAAGAGGAGGAGGUGGAAGAGGAGGAAGAAGAGGUGCAGACGCCUCCUCCCCCUGUCCUGGCGGCGCGGCCUCGACGCCUCCAGACCUUCACCUGCCCUCAGUGCCGAAAAACCUUUUUCCAGAGGAAUUUCCGCCCCAACCUGCAGCUGGCCAACAUGGUGCAAAUCAUCCGCCAGCUUCACCCGCACCCCCAGCGCCUCGCGCCGCCCGCAGCCGGUCCCUCGGUUUCGGGGGCCGCCGCCGGGGUGCCGGGGGUCCUGGUGGCGGUGGGGGGUCAAGGGCCCCCCAAUCUGUGCGAGAAGCACCAGGAACCCCUCAAACUCUUCUGCGAGGUGGACGAACAAGCCAUUUGCGUGGUGUGCAGGGAGUCGCGGAGCCACAAGCAUCACAGCGUCGUCCCUCUCGAGGAGGUGGUGCAGGAUUAUAAGAACAAACUCCAGAGCCACCUGGAGCCGCUGAAGAAGAAGCUGGAUGCCGUCCUGAAGCAGAAAUCCACCGAGGAGGAGAGAAUCACGGAGCUGAGGGACAAGAUGAAGCUGGAGAUCAAGGAAUUCGAGUCGGAUUUCGAGGUGCUGCACCAGUUCCUCAUCGGGGAGCAGGUCCUGCUCUUGCACCAGCUGGAGGAACGCUACGAGAGCUUGUUGGCCCGCCAGAGCAGCAACGUCAGCCAGCUGGAGGAGCAGAGCGCAGCCCUCAGCCGGCUCAUCGCCGAGGCGGAGGACAAGAGCAAACAGGACGGGCUGCAGCUCCUCAAGGACAUCAAAGGCACCUUUAUCAGAUGCGAAAACAUCAAAUUCCAGGAGCCCGAGAUGGUGCCGGUGGACGUGGGGAAAAAAUACCGCAACUAUUUUCUGCAGGACGUGGUGAUGAGGAAGAUGGAGAAAGUCUUCAGUAAAGUCCCUCAAGCCGACGUCACCCUGGACCCCGACACGGCCCACCCCCGCCUGAGCCUCUCCCUGGACCGUCGCAGCGUCAAACUGGGCGAACGGCGGCAGGAUUUACCGGACAACCCCAAGCGUUUCGAUUCGGAUUACUGCGUCCUGGGCUCCCAAGGUUUCACGGCCGGCCGGCACUACUGGGAGGUGGAGGUGGGGGGUCGGCGAGGCUGGGCGGUGGGGGCGGCCCGCGAGACGGCUCGCCGUAAAGAAAAAACCACGGGGCCUCACCAAAAACGGGAAAUCUGGUGCGUGGGCACCAACGGGAAGAAGUACCAGGCGUUGACGGCCACCGAACAGACGUCGCUGUCGCCCAGCGAAAGGCCCCGGCGCUUCGGCGUCUACCUGGACUACGAGCGGGGCCAGCUCUGCUUCUACAACGCCGAGAGCAUGACCCACAUCCACACCUUCAACGCCUCCUUCCACGAGCGCAUCUUCCCUUUUUUUCGCGUUUUAGCCAAGGGCACCCGCAUCAAAAUCUGUGCCUGAGCCGGCGCCGGAUCCGGGAUCCGGCCUCGCGCGCGGCCGCACUCUUUCCUUCCCACCCCACCCCGCCCCCCGCCUUCGGAAUCCCGUUUCGGGAUCCAACGCUGCACUUGUCGUCUUCUUGCUUGCUCACAAAGACCUUCCAUCGGCUCCUCGGCGGGAUCUCGCCGCCCGCCCCGAGCUGCUUUUGUUUGGAAUCGGGACGGAGCCGCCUCGGAAGGUGGUUUUCACUCGGGUUCUUGCUCCUCUCUCCCUUUCCCCCACGUCAACGCCUAAAUUUUCCAGCGCGUUCUCCGCCCCUGUUGAGUUUUUGAGGAGCGUCUCGGUUGUCUUCUGCGGGGGGGGGGCGGUGGUGCGUACGUUGAGGAGCAAACGCUCUUGGCUUGCAAUUCCAUUGGUUUUCCAAAAAAAUAUUGGGAAGGAUCUGCCCCGGAAGGUGGUUUUCGCUUGGGUUCUUGCUCCUCACUCCCUUUUCCUCAAGCCAACGCCUAAAUUUUCCAGCGCGUUCUCCGCUUGUGUGGAGUUUCGAGGAGCGUCUUGGCUCCCUUCAGAAGCUCCCGGGGGGGGGGGAGAUCCGUACGUCGAGGAGCAAACGCUCUUGGCUUCUUGAAAUUCCAUCCUCUUGCCAAAAAAUAUUGGGAAGGAUCCGCCCCGGAAGGUGGUUUUCACUUGGGUUGAGUUUUGAGGUGCAUCUCGGCUCCCUUCGGAAGCUCCUGGAAAGGGAGAUCCCAACGCUGAGGAGAAAAAUCCUCUUCGCUUCUCGAAAUUCCAUCGUUUUUCCAAGAAAAGUCCUCGGUUUUCAUAUCCCGGUUGCGCCGAGGUGCCUGGAUUUCUUGGGAUUCGCCGUCUGAGCAUCGCCAGCCCCCAGCUGGCGUUUGGGCCCGGAGUCGAACCCGCUUCACCCUUCCAUCGUCUCCUUCCCAGGCCGGGGGGGGGUUCCGGGUUCCAAUUUCCUUUAAACCUCCCCAAAAUCCUUUUGGAACCAUUUUUUUGUGGGUCUGGCACUUUAUUCGGGGCCGAGGAGGGUGCAAGGAGCCGGUUUUCUCCUCCGGCGCCGGCGCGUUUCCAGCCGCGGAGGGAAGAACCGCCCUCGCCCUCCUUCCCCUGGCGGCCUGAGCUCUCCGAGCUGGGGAAUAUUUAUUUUCUUUUCCCCUUUUUUCGGUCUUUUUUCCCCCCUGGAAUUUCCAGCUGACUCCCGUCCCACUGGAGAGACUCUGACCGCGCCCGUUGUCGUUUAUUCUUUUUUUUUUUUCCGUUGGUGGAUUGGUAUUAUUUUAUUUUUAUUUUUUUGUUUCUCCUGUUGGCAUUACAGAGCUAGUUCAAAAUAUUUUUGGCUAAAAUGAGAAUUAAAUGGAGAUUUAGUUUUAUGACAUGGCAAGAAAAUAAUAAUAAUAAUAAUAAUUAAUAAAGAUUAAGGUUGUAAACCCGAGUCUCUGGUUUAUUGAGAUGCCGGCGGAGGUUUCGGAGCCGGGAGCUGGUUUUUGAACGA